AUGUCAAAACAAGGAAAAAGAAAAAUUACUGUCGAGUUACCGAAAACUAAAGAUCUCUCAAAUAGACCAAGUGUUUUUGAGCGUCUUGGUACAAAAAAAUCUUCUGGUACUAAAAAGGCUGCGGAAUAUUGCAGGCAGUGGGCCCAACACGGUACUUGUGCUUACGGUAAAAAUUGUAAGUUUGCUACAACCCACACUCUAAUAAGCCCAUCAAAGCAAAGAGCAGCUAAUAAAGAUAGUGAAAGUAAACGAUUGGUUAAAGAUGAUGCUAAGAACCGAUUGCAUUCAACUGUAGUCGUUCGGUCGGGUCGUAGUCCUGAUGGCGAAAUCGAUAACUGGGAUCAAAAUGACUUAGAAUAUGCAGACACAGACGUUCUUGAGAAGAGAAGACAGCAGUUGCAGCGUGAAUUAGAGUUGCAGUUAAAAAUGGAUUCCAACAAGGAUGUUCGUAAAGACAAGAAGAAAACAGUGUCAAGUUCUUCUUCGUCAAGAAGUUCCAGCUCUUCUAGCGUUUCUUCAUCUUCUUCAGAUGGCAGUUCAUCAUCAUCGUCAUCUGGCAGAGAUGCUAAGAGAAGAAGCAAGAAGGGCAAACUAAAAAGAAACUCGAGUUCAUCAUCUGAAUGUGAUAUUCCUACAAAAAAAAAGUUAGUCAAAGCUAAUACUUUGAAGAGAGACAAAAGUGAAACUAAAAAGAUUGCUGUGAAAAAGGAUGACAGGUUAUUGAAGAAACAAGAAACCAAUAAAAAGAAGAAUCUUUCUAAGGCAAUUGGCAAGAAAUCAUUAUCUCCCGGUAAAAAAUCUGGUGGAACGCCACCCAUAACUACGAAGAGUGUAACAUCUAAAAGCACUUCUUCAAAACACGUUAAAUCCCCACAAAGAAAAGAGAGGAAUAAAAGCGUCUCUCCUCAUUCAGCUCGAGAUAGAGAUCGAGAUAGGGAUCGCACUAAGGACAAAGAGAGAGAAAAAGACAGAGAAAAGGAUAAGGACCGUGAAAAAGAAAGAGAUCGCGUAAGAGGGAGGAGUCGAUCGCCCAAAAAAGCUAGAUCCAGGUCCCCUAGGAGACAUGGUUCGCACCCAAAAGACCCAAGAAGAAAAGAAAGUGCGGAAAGGAGUAGACCAGUUUCACCUAAAAAGCAGUUGCGUCGUGAUGGAAGUCCUGAACGGCAUAGAAAACGUUCAACAAGUAGAGAUCGAGAUAGAGGCCGUGAUCAUAAAGACAGAUCUCUAGAAAGAAAGAAAGAUAAACACGAUGAUAAGGAUCGUCACGAUAGGAAGGAUAGAGGACGGGAGAGAAAUAAGGAUAGUAAAAGGGAUGAUCCCAAGAGGAGAGGCCGCGAUCGCGGUUUGGGAGGUAAUAGAGGGGACAAGGGCUUAGAAAAACCUAAUAAGCCAAUGCAAAGGUUAUUACCACGUCCAGAGGAACGUUUGGCCGCUCUUGCAGCCAUUUCGAACCGGGCCUUGGAAACUGAUAAAAAUUCAACUAAUUCUAAAGAUCGUCAGGAUACACAUUCCGAAAGGGUUGGACGGAAGCAAGACAGACUAGAAAGAGACAGAUCUAAUAAGAGAGAACGGAUGGACAGUAUAGACAGAGAACAAGGUGAUUAUGAAUUAGGAAUGGAUCAUCAAUAUGAACACGGAAUUGAGCAUUACGACAGGAUGGAGGAUCGGUAUGAAGGUGUUACUAGAGAAGGCGACAGGUCUCCAGGCUACAUACAGGGUAGGGACAGGCAUUAUGACCCCAACUACGACAUGCCGGGCCCAGCGAGAGGAUAUGCUGAAGACGAUGAGAGGAUGUAUGGCGAAUCAAUGGGAGAUCCUCGUGGAGUCGAUAUGGGUUACGAUGACCGCAGACCUCAUCGUGAUCGCUCAUGGGAAGGACGCUCGGGUUCUAUGGACCGCGAGCGAGGUUAUAUGCACUCGCAUAAAGAUUGGGAUAACGAUGAUUACCGUGGUCCUGGCGAUUGGGGGCGAGAUCGCAACUGGCAAAUGCAUGAAGGCCAGAUGAACGAGUGGGGUGACAAAGAGCAGGAUAUGGAAGGUUGGCAUCAUCGUGGUCAUGGGCCGGGGCCACAUCGGGGUCGUAUGCAUGAUGAUUAUAAUCGCGGUGGGAGAAUGGAUCAUGGCAGAAGCGAAGGUAAUGUGAGGCGAGCUCAAAGAACCGAAACUGAUACCUCAAAGGAGACGCCAACAACAGCUCCAACAACAACAACAGUACAGUCCGAGGAUGUUGAAAACGAAGAUAAACCUAUUCCAGACGAUCUCAGUGAGAUUAGUGAUGACCCUGAUGAUAUUCUAGAAAGAGAAGAUAUGCUGGAUCAAAAUAUUGACGAAAAUAGUCAAACUGAUCAAGUAAUGGAUGAACCGCAAACGAAGCCAGAGGGAUCAGAGAAAGAAUCAAUUCAGGAUACGAGUGGGAUUGGCGAAGAAAAAGAAUCUCAUGAAGUUAAGGAUGAGGAAGAUGUUACUAACUUGGACUUCGAAGAAAUAUCUGAUGGAGAGUUGGAAGAGGAGCGUACCAGAGCUGGCCUGGGAGAUGCUCUGGGUGUGGACUGGGCAAGUCUAGUAGCUGAUGUACGGCGAAGAGAACAAACGGCACCUACAGGUGGCACUCGCGACAGGUGGCGACCUGAACGAGUGCUUUCAAGAUUAGGACUCUCAGUAGAUAUGGCCGGGAAGGAAGCUGUGCAGAAAAUACUACAAGAGAACAAAGAUUCUCUGGCAUCAGAAACAAAAAGUACAGAAAAUGGUGUUGAUGAUUCAAAUGUUGUGAAUGGAAAUCAUGAUGAAAACGAAUCAAAGGCCCAUACUCCCAUGAGUGUAGAUGAUUUGCAUCCGGUAGCUGUAAUUCAGGUCGCAAUGGAGAAAAGGAAGCGUCAACGCGCAGUAUUAUUCGGUUCUGGUUGCGAGAUAACCAGGGGACUGAGCGCGAGGCGUGAUUUGGCAUUACGGAGGUAUCUCUGUCAUUUACCAGUGGCAGAACGGACAGGAUCAAGGGUCACUCCACAACCUACACUGUUCCAUGCAGCUCGAGCUCUGCUUAUGCAAGCUCCUGUAACUGGCUGA